AUGGUAAAACAGGAGACGUUCUCCUGCAAUAAAGACAAGAUGUGCUGGCUGGUCUUUUUUUUAUGGAUCUCACUUGUGCGGAACGACCAAAAGUCCUCAAGCUUUGGGUUGCCAAGCUUUCCUGUGAACAGCAGCGGCAGCGUGAGCAGUUUCUCCUUUCACGCAAAUCCCAGCCUCCCGUCUGGAAACGCUCCAGCUUUUGGGAGCUCUGCUGCUGCCUCCCAUCCUCCUACGUUUGGUGUGACGUCCUCCUCCAGCGUUCCCCAUCCUGCUGGGUUUGGCAGUCCUUCAGCUCCAUCCGCAGCCUCCUUCCCACUUAACACUUCUGGAACAACCAGUAGUUUUGGAACUUCUGCGCUUUCAGGCUCUGGAAGUUCUGCUGCUGCGAACUCUUCAAGCACCGCUCCACUUACAGUUUCUGGAACUCCUAAUGCAGCAACAGGAGCUUCUCCCUCAGGUUCAAGCAGUGCUUCGGUUGCACAGAGUGCCAGUGCCUCUGGACAGAAUGUAACAUCCGCGCCUUCUGCAGUCCCAAAUGGUUUUGCGUCAGGCGAGUUAUUUACUCCAAAGAGUAAAUUAUCAGCUGAAGAGUUGAAACAGUUUGAAGCAAAAAAGUUCACAUUAGGAAAGAUACCUCUUAAACCACCACCCGCAGACCUUUUAUAUGUUUAGGACUCAAGUUUAUUCUGAGUUUACAUGUCUUAGUUGUUGUUCUUUGACUUCUCCAAUAAACAAUGUUGUAAUGGA